AUGGUUAAUGGAAGCAAAGCGUUUAGUGCUCCUGGUAAAGCUAUGCUUGCUGGUGGGUAUCUAGUAUUAGAUCCUAAAUACAUCUCAUAUGUCAUUGCCCUUUCUUCAAGGAUGCACUCUGUCGUUAACACUACUAGUUUGGAAGAUAAAGUUGAUGCUAAUAAAAUACAUGUUACAGUCUCUAGUAGUCAAUUCAAUAAUGAUCAAUGGGUAUUCGAUAUGAAAUAUUUAAAUGGUGGCUUCUUUCCCGAAGAAGUCAAUGGAUUGAAGAAUCCGUUCUUGAAGAUGGCACUCUUCAAUGUUUUCAAUUACUUUAAACCUACGUUGUCUGCUACUCCAGAUAUUAAUAUUGAAAUAUUCUCAGAUGCAGGUUAUCAUUCUCAAAACGAUUCAGAUAUUAAGAGGAACCAAUUCAAACAUUUUAAUUUCCAUAAGAAUACCAUCACUGAAGUUCCAAAAACAGGGUUGGGUUCUUCUGCUGGUUUGGUCACUGUGGUCACAACUGCUUUAAUUUCCGUCUUCAACAAUUCCUUAGAUGUGACAUCAGCCAAGGAUUUGAAUCAAAUUCAUAAUUUGACUCAGGUUGCACAUUGUCAAGCCCAAGGAAAGGUUGGUAGUGGUUUUGACGUUGCUGCUGCUACUUAUGGCUCUAUUGUAUACAGAAGAUUUGUUCAAGAGUUAAUUACAAAUUUGCCAGAAACCUUCCAAGGAGAUGACCUAAAAGAUUACCAAGAAGCAUUGACUAAACUAGUUGAUAACACAGAUUGGGGUAUCAAAAAUGAUGUCAUUCGUUUACCACACGGUCUCAGGUUAAUCAUGGGUGAUGUGAAUAGUGGCUCUGAAACUCCUAAGUUGGUUGCUAAAGUCAAACAAUGGUAUGAAAGUAAUUUGCCACGUAGUUUGGAAAUAUAUACUAAAAUCGAUGAAGGAAAUAGAAAUUUUAUUAAAUUUAUCACCGAAUUAAAUGAAUUACAUGAUAAUGAUGAGACUAAAUAUAAAGCAUUAAUAAAAACUUUAGAGACUGAUCAUGAAAAUGUCAUGUCUCAUCCAGAAUUUGCUAAUAUUAAAAAUGCUGUUUCUGUUAUUCGUGAGAAUUUUAGAUUAAUAACUAAAGAAUCGGGUGCUGAUAUUGAACCUGAAGUCCAAACUCAAUUAUUAGAUAAAUGUUUAACAUUAAAAGGUGUCUUGACCGGUAUGGUUCCUGGUGCAGGUGGUUAUGAUGCAAUUUCUUUGCUUACUACUGUAGACACAGACUUAAAGAAACAAACAUAUGGGAAUUUAGAGUUCCAAAAUGUGACAUGGUUGGAUUUAGAACAAGCUGAUGUAGGUGUCGUGGAAGAGAAUCCUGAGCAUUACAAGAACUUUAUUUGA